AUGCCUGUUGGUGAGUCAGUUCUGAUACGGGAACGGCCAGCGCUUCGGUUGGAUUCCCGUUUGGUCUGUAAAUAUGAGGUUUUGUCCAUAAUUGGUAAAGGUUCCUUCUCACAAGUGCUACGUGUUCAACAUCGCCUCACCAAACAGUAUUAUGCGGUCAAAUUGGUCUCCUCAGAUUGCGGUGCUGUAAACAACGAAUUGUCCAUAUUGAGCCGGGUAUCACAUCCCUAUGUCAUUCGUCUUGAAGAGGUUUUCAAGUCAUCUUCAAAAUUAUUCAUUGUCAUGGAGUUGGCUAGUGGAGGUGAAAUGUAUGAUCGGGUAGUUGAGAAAAGCCGAUAUUCAGAGGCCGAAGCGCGACAGGCUUUACGUAUGCUUCUCAACGGAUUAGCAUAUUUGCACGGUAUUCGAAUAACACAUCGUGACUUAAAACCUGAAAAUUUACUGUAUAGUGAUACGAGGCCAGAUGCACGGCUGUUGAUCACAGAUUUUGGUUUGGCUCAUCAGACGCGUUCUGCGGAAGAGAGGAUGACCGAAACAUGUGGCACACCAGAAUAUAUAGCUCCUGAGGUUCUUUUACGUAUGGCCUACACUGAAAAAGUGGACAUGUGGGCAGUCGGUGUGAUAGCUUAUAUACUUAUGUCUGGAAUUAUGCCGUUUGAUGAUGAUUGCCGUUCUCGUCUGUACACUCAUAUUAUUACUGCUAAUUACGUAUAUUAUCCACAGUUUUGGUCUGGCUCUGAGCUAGCGAAACAGUUUGUAGACAGCCUUCUGGAAACAAAUGCAGACGCUAGGUUGAGUGCAGCAGAAGCAUUGAAGCAUGAAUGGAUUUUGGGAGAAAAAGCACAUUUGAAUGUCACAAUAAAAGCUCGACCACGGAUUAAACUGAUCUUGCAGACAAAAUCAACACGUUCAAUUCGAAGUGUUACCAGAUCUGAUCAUGGGCAUCGAGUGGAUCCACGAGAAGUUGAUCAGCUGUCCGGAGAUCUGCAACGAUUAGCACGAUCACAGCAGACUACGAAACAUUAUGGAAUUAUCUAA